GGAUGUGGCAAAUCGAAGACUUCGGAGGGAGCGAAUCUUCCGAGACCAACAGGAUCCACUGGCCAAUGAUGAUGAGUGGCUUUUGAGCCUGUUCCGACUUCCACAAACUGUUCUUUUGGAUCUCUGUGCUGUAUUGAGCCCAGCUUUACAGCGAAACAGCCGCAGAAACCAUGCCGUGCCGGUCCCACUUCAAGUCCUCACAACACUGGGAUUUCUGGCAACCGGGGACUUUUCAGUGGGAAUUGGCUGACAGAUCAGGGAUAUCUCAGCCAACCCUUAGUCGUGUUAUGCCAGACGUGUUGGGAGGUGUAAUUGGUUUGGUGCAUCUGUACAUCAACUUUCCUUACACGACAUGUUACUGACCAAUGUAGUGGCUCGGUGGCCUGGAUCAACCCAUGAUUCAUUUAUAUUGAGACACAGCAGUGUUGGGCGCAGACUUGAGGCCGGGGCUGUGCCAGAUGGCUGGCUUCUAGGUGACAGUGGAUAUCCCCUAAAACAGUGGCUGCUCACCCCUUUCCCCAACCCACAGAGCGCAGAGGAGAGGAACUACAACAUGCGCCACAGCCAGGCACGCGCUGUUGUGGAGCGCACCAUCGGGCUUUUUAAAGGUAGAUGGCGUUGCCUUGAUGCUACAGGAGGAAAACUGCUCUACAAGCCCGAAAAGGUGUGCCAUAUAGUGAUGGCGUGUGCUGUGCUACAUAAUGUGGCACAGCUAAGGAAUGUGGCUAUAGCCCCUGAUGCUGAUGGUCACGCUGACCCCGAGCCCAACCCCUAUCCCCAGGCAUUUGAGCCAAUCGCUGCUGCCGUGCGCCAGCGUGUGGCUGUGAUGCGUCGCUUGUAAAAACACAAAAGGACUGCAUUGGUGAGGACCCGGCCGCUGCUGGAGGGCUCAGUUGCACGAGGUGCAGUGGAGACGUUGGGCGCACACAGCUCCUCCGCUGCACUGCCACCGACCCCGCUGGAACUCGCAGCUGCAGCGCCACCGACCCCGCUGGAACU